AAUCAAGUGCGGGAACGCUUGAAUAAGGAACCGCUAAUUACAUUAAGCAGGGUAUAUGUAGUUAAGAAUAAUAAACGGAAUGUUUACGGUAAAAAUAUACCCCCAUGCGGCGGUAAGGUACGUUGUUGGUCGUUUGCCCCACGCUACUUUGUACCCGCUGUACUCUAACAAAUAUUGGCAGGUGUUGACCAAACAUGAAUGGAAACUAAAAUUGGAACUUGCGAACGACCUAAACUAAAAGUUACUAUAAUGUUAAAACUCGAGACAGAAUUUGUUGAUAUUUCUCUUCCUUUUAUUUCGUCAGUUAUUUAAUUCACGUAUGUGUAAGAAGUAACUUUUAUUCAGAGCUCUUCUCAAGCCGGCACUUCAUCGACAGCAAGCGGGGGCGGGGUAUUUUUACCAGCAUCUAAUUGGUCGGCGCAAAGCAAGCUCCAUCGCCGCUGUUUUUUUAACAAAACCCAACGUCAGAAACAUUCACACGAAACAUCCCACUAUUUUUAAUUCCAGCCUUCUCCUCCCCAUCUCAACGCCCCAUCCGACGGCAAUUCAAUAGUUCGCGACGCCCUCCUAACUAAGCACGUCGCAAUUCGAGAUGUCUCAGACAACGCCCCGCAAGUAUCGCGGCCACCAGGGCCAAUCCUCCUUCCCGCAAUCCCAAUCUCAGUCUCCUCAUUCCCACGCGCACGCCUACUCCCACGCGCAGCCGCAGUAUCAGCAACAGCACCAGCACCAGCACCAGCACCAGCACAACCUCCAACCGUCGCGCGCCUACGGCCACGCGCGCAACCGAUCCCACCAGCUGCGAGCCGAGUACUCGGAACAAGGCGGCACGACCACAGGUUCAGACUACGACUCCGACAUGGCGACCUACGUGCCAGACACCAGCACGAGCCGCGCCUCCAUCAAUCUCGCGACGCGCACCAACACCGAGCUGAACAUGGCCGUGCUGCGCCGCUACCGGCCCAGCAUAACCAGCAUCCUAUCCAUCGCCGCGAACGCCGUCGUCUACAGCUUCGGGACGAAAUGGGACAAGGCGAACAUGGAAGGCACCCUAUUCAUCUGCGCGCAGCAACCACCCUCUCCCCCCUCCCCCUCCGCCCCUCAAACCGAGACGCAGGCCGCCCUAGCAAACGGCUGCGUGUUCGUGCUGAACCGCAAAGGGCUGUCGAACCUCGUCGUCGACAUGCGCGACGUCGAGCGCGUCGAGCUAUCCGACGAGACGCUGAUCUUCAAGCUGGACAAGGAGGCCGCCGUGCUGCCGAUGGAGAACGGCGAGGCCAUCCGCACCAAGGCUUUGGGUAUGUUCAUCUACUUCGAGUCCGCCAAGGAGCGCGAGAUCACCGACGCCCUCGUCCACGAGAUGUGGCAGCAGAGCCGCGCCGCCGCGCGCGAAGACGCCGGUCCCGAUGCGAGCGAUGUCGAGCCUGCCGAUAGUGAGGCCGAGGCCGAGAUGGCGCAGUCUAUGCAGGAGGCUGGGCGCCAGCUUAGUGUUACGGAGUUGUUUGGCCAGAGCCAGCGCGAUAGGACCGGGAUUGGCGGGUUUUAAGACGAGAGAGGAGGACUUCUGGGGUAAAGGGGUUAGAAUGCGAUAGGAGAGCUGUGUUAACGGUUGGAAGGGCUUGCGUUCUCGGCGUUCUCUUAUUCUAUCGAGAGACGUAACGCCUCUAGCCAUCCCUGGGACGACGGAUGCUAAUGAGGAAUUUCUACGCUACGAAACAUCAAGGAUGAAGAGGAAGGAGCAAGGAGAGAAGCAGGAGAAGAGACGUGGUGGUAAUGUCACAGAUCAUCCAUCGACCGCAUAACGUGGGUUAUUCGUAAGCAAAGGGAUCAUAUGAAUGGCGUUGGGAAAGAUACCCGAAGAACAGGCUGGCAUUGACUUUUCUAAAUGGCAUUAUUUUUCGUCCAAACCUGUCCCACCUAAUCA